AUGGCGGCUUUCCUGCCGCUCCUGUGUCUGUGCCUCGCAGCCGCCCAGCUGGCGGGAGCCCCAGAGGCCCUGGCCAAGGAGGAUGCCCAAGGAAUCGAUCUUGCCCCAAGUCCAUCUCAGAGGAAGGUGGCCAGGCGUGUCCCUUCCCCAGAGGACAACUUGGAAGAUGGUCUUGCAGAAUGGACAUCCUGGUUCAACGUGGACCACCCUGGGGGCGAUGGGGACUUUGAAAGCCUGGAGGCUAUUCGAUUCUACUAUGGUGAGCGAUUAUGUGCCCAUCCUUUGGCUCUGGAGGCCCGGACCACUGAGUGGGAAUUGCCUUCUGAUGUGGGUGAACGGGUGCACUACAGUCUUGAGAGGGGCUUCUGGUGCCUCAACCGGGAGCAGCCUGAAGGAAAGAGUUGUUCCAACUACCAUGUCCGAUUCAAGUGCCCGCUGGAACCCGUGGCCUGGUCGGCCUGGUCCACCUGGAGUCCCUGCAGUCAGUCGACCUGUGGAGUGCGGAGUCGUGGGAUCCAGACUCGCCAACGCCGAUGUCUGGGCCCUCAGCCUCUCUGGCUCCUUCACCAACCUCCUUGCGCCGGGCCAUCUGAAGAACAGAAGCCUUGCCCUGCCCCGCUUUGCUCAGUUGUUUCAUGGAGUGAGUGGGGAGCAUGGGGGCCUUGCUCUGGGAGUUGUGGGCCAGGCCGUCGCCUCCGCCGCCGCCGCUGUCCGGGAGCCAAGAAGGACACUUGCAUAGGACGGUCUGUGGAAGCUCAGAAAUGUGUGCGACCACCAUGCCCAGGUUGCCGUUCAAACUGUGGCCGAGGUGUAGCCAGCAAGGACUGCAGCAGCUGUGUCUGCCAGGAUCAUGUUCUCAUGGGUACUGUGGUUACCCCUGCUGGUCGGCCUCUGCCUGGGGCCCAUGUGACCCUUAAGGGCCGCCCAAAGCCCAUCUUGGCCACCACGGAUGCCCGAGGUGGUUUCCGAGUUGCAGGUAUCUGUUCCGAUGGCCGCACCAACGUCAGCGUCCAGUUGGAGGGCUUCUCACAAGGCCUUGGCCAGGCUGUGGCCAACAACUCCACUACGGCCUCUGUCACGGUCAUUCUCCGGACCCUGGAGAAGCCCUACCUGGUGAAGCAGCCAGAGUCCCGGAUCCGAGAGGCUGGACAACAUGUGAUGUUUUGCUGUAAAGCCCUUGGCACUCCUGUGCCAAAGAAAUACUACUGGUACCACAAUGGGAGCCUGCUGGAUAGAAAGGUCUACAAGUAUGACAGCAGCCUGGUGCUCAGGAACUUGGGCCUGGAUCAGACAGGCACCUACCACUGCAAGGCCAACAGUGAUGCUGGGACCAUCAAGUCUAACACUGCUGUCCUGACCGUGUUGGCUCCAGGACAGCAAGUCUGUGACCCUCAGCCCCUUGAGCACCUCAUCAAGCUGCCAGAUGACUGCCGCCAGGCUGCUUCAGGAUCUGCCUACUACAAUGUGGGUCUCUGUCCAGAUACCCGUUGCCCUGGCCGACCUGGCUCCAACCUUCGGUGUGGGGAGUCUGGUGAUCGCUGUUGUUCUGUGAGCCGUUUAGAGACUCGGGAAAUCCAGUGUGCAGGCUAUGUCUUGCCUGUGAAGGUGGUGGCCAAGUGUGGGUGUGAAAAGUGCAUGCCCCCCAAGGUGCUGGUGAGGGGCCGAGUUGUGGCCGCUGACACCAAGGAACCCUUGCGCUUUGCCCAGAUCCUCCUGGGGAAGGAGAAAACUGGCUUCACUGGAUACCAAGGUGAUUUCACCAUUGAGGUGCCCCCAGCCACUGAGCGCCUUGUUGUGACUUUUAUUGAUGGACAUCAGGAGUUUGUAGAUGCAAUCAAAGUCUUGCCCUUUGACCCUCGGGGAGGUGGCGUUUACCAGGAGAUAAAGGUCAUGCGGAAGAAGGAGCCCAUCAGUUUGGACUCUGGUAAAAGCAGUAUCAUUCCACUGGGCACAGUAGAGGGUAUGGACCCCAUAGGAGAGAUUGUUUUGCCAGCCAGUACCUUCUACUAUCCUAAUGGAGAGCCCUAUAAUGGGACUGUGCAGGCCAGUAUUACUUUCCUGGACCCACGUGACCUUGCCACAGCAGCUGCUGCUUCAAGCGACCUCAACUUUGUGGAUGACAAUGGGGAGCUGGCCCCACUGCGGACUUAUGGCAUGUUCUUGGUGGACCUCCGAGCUGCGGGCUCUGGGAAGGAGCUACAGACAGGACCAAUAGAGGUGCGCAUGGACGCUGGGCAAAUCUACAUGGCAGGGCAUGCUGAGGAAAUGAAGCUGUGGUCCCUAAAUCCAAAUACUGGAUUAUGGGAGGAGGAGAGUAAAUUUCGCAAGGAGACAGGUGGGCGCCGGGUCCGGAGGGAGGAGCGGACGUUCCUCAUAGGAAACGUGGAAAUCCGGGAGCGACGCCUCUUCAACUUAGAUGUGCCCGAGCGUCGACGAUGCUUUGUCAAGGUGCGUGCCUACAUAAAUGACAAGUUUAUACCCAGUGAACAAGUUGAGGGGGUGGUGGUGACCCUGGUCAAUUUGGAACCUGCCCCAGGUUACUCUGCCAACCCCCGUGCCUGGGGCCGCUUUGACAGUGCUGUCACCGGCCCCAAUGGAGCCUGCCUCCCUGCUUUCUGUGAUGCUGAUAGGGCUGAUGCCUAUACUGCCUAUAUCACAGCUGCCCUGGGGGGUGAGGAGCUGGAGCCUGCACCUUCCAGUCCCCAGCCUCAUCCAGGGACUGUGGGCGUGACCCAGCCCUACCUGGAUAAGUUGGACUAUCGUAGGACAGACCACGAUGAUCCAGCUUUGAAGAAGAAUGGUUUCCGGAUUAACGUGGCCAAACCCAAUCCUAACAAUCUGGAUGAGAUUCAGGGCCCCAUCUACCCCUGGCGGAGCUUGCGUGAGUGUGAGGAUGCUCCAGUGACAGCCAACCACUUCCGCUUCUCCCGGGUGGAGGCAGACAAGUAUGAGUACAAUGUGGUCCCUUUCCGGGAGAGUGAGCUGUCUUCCUGGACUGGUGAUUACCUCUCCUGGUGGCCCAAUCCCCAGGAGUUCCGCGCCUGCUUCAUCAAGGUCAAGAUACAGGGGCCCCAGGACUACAUGGUGAGGUCUCACAAUGCUGGGGGCAGCCAUCCUCGCACCCAGGGCCAACUCUAUGGGCUGCGGGAUGCACGCAGCGUGAGGGACAUGGAGCAUCCUGGCACCUCGGCAGCCUGUGUGGAGUUCAAGUGUAGUGGGAUGCUGUUUGACCAGCGCCUAUCAGACCGGACCCUGGUGACCCUGAUACCCCAGGGUAGUUGCCGACGCAUAAAUGUCAACAGUCUCCUGAGGGAGUACCUGGCCCGCCAUCCACCAGUGGCCCCAACUGAUGACCCCUCAGGCUUCUCCAUGAUUGCGCCUGUAGACCCCUUGGGCCACAACUAUGGCAUCUACACAGUAACAGACCAGAAUCCCCGACUGGCCAAAGAGAUCGCCAUUGGCCGCUGUUUUGAUGGUACCUCAGAUGGCUUCUCAAGGGAGAUGAAGGCGGAUGUGGGCAUAGCCGUGACUUUCCAGUGUCAGGAACGCCCAGCUGGCCAACGGAGUCUUUUCCAGCGGCUGCUGGACUCUCCUAGGACUGCACUGGAAGAUAUACGCCGUGAGAUGGGGGGACCUGGCCGUAGAAGCCUGUCUCCUUCCACUCGAAGAAUCUCUGGCCGCCGAAGGAGGAUGGAAACGCUCCAGGCUGGGGCAGCAACCGAAACCUUGACCCGUAACCCUGAGGAUGCCCCCUGA